AUGGCCCAAAACGCAGCAACAUACGCAGACUGCGUCGCCUCCCUUCGCUCCUCCCUAACCUUUCUCGAAAACUCGGUAUCGACCCUCGACACCGGCGUCUCCGACCUCCCCCGCCUCGCCUCCGUCCUCCGCCCGACCCGCCAUUUUGAGCUCAUUCCGCAACCCACCCUCGCCGCCGCAGAGGCCUCGUUACGCGACGAGAUUGGCCCCCAAAUUGCAAAACUCCUCGACAGGGCCGACGCGCAAAUCGCGCGCCGCGAACGGCGCAUCGAGACGCUGCAGGCGCGGUGCGAGCUCCUGCAGGGCCGGUUGGCGGCGCCCUCUGAGGAGGACGAGUAUGGGUACUCUACGGCGAAAAAGCCCAAGGGGAGAGACAUCGGUGGUGGUGGAAGCGGCGGGAAGAGGAAGGGGUUGAAUGGGGAGAGCGCGCUGCGGGCUAGGGCUGUGAGACAGAGGAGGGAGGGGUUGGAAUACAGCGUCGAGAGGCUUGAACUGGAGGUCUUGACAAAGGAGCGGGAGUUGAGGAAGAGGCUGGACAAGGCUUGA